AUGUUUAAAGCAGAGGAAAAUGUGAGACGUAUCGCUGAUAUGUAGGAACAGCAGCAGUCAGAGCUAUUAGCCAGAAUCAAUGAAUUGCUAAUAAAUGGCGGAUACUUUAGAGCCAGACUGAAUAUUGAUCCAUUUGAUAAGAUUCUUGGAGGCAUGUGUUGGUCCAUCGCUGGUAGCAACUAUGAUAUAGAUAUUGAAUUCUAAGAUGACCUUAUUAUGGGUCAGAAAAUUAAACUCUCUGAAAAAGUAGUGGCUAGUUUAAAGAUAAUGGAGUGCCCACUUCAAAUAUUCCCUCAUUAGAUUCAAGGUCUUGAUUACUCUAAAAUUUACCCAGUACUACAAUGGCUAAUCAGAAAACUUAUGGAAUCCAGAGAUACUAGAGGUGAGAGAAAUAAGAAGCAAGGUAUCUUAAACUACAAUCUAAAAUACAGUGAGUCACAAAAUUAAGAAGGCUAAGAGGGCUAACAGAAGGUAAAUAAUGAAAAUAAAGAGAAAGAUAUCUAAAAGAUGAAAGAAAUAGUAUUCAGAGGGAAGCCCAGAAGAGUUUUCAAAAGUAAUAGAACAAGAGAUGUUGCCUUCCAUGACCCAAAAAGAGUUCACACAGCACUAAGAGAAUUCAAUGAUCUCUCAGCAAACAAAGUAUUCCAAGCCAUCAUUGACUAGAUUGCAUAAUUUGAACUUGAAGAAAAGGCACAAAGGUAGCAGCUAGUGAAACAAGGAAAACUUUAGGGCUAAGAUCCUAAUCAACCAUCAGGCUCGUAUAAUUUACAAGAAUAAACUUAGGAGGAAGUAAUAGCUAAUGUUGAGAGAAUGCUGGCAAACGAAAAGUUAUCUCAAAAAAACUUUGCUAAAGCAUCAGCCGCUCAAGAAUUCGAUCUCAAUGAAGGUAUUGUUCAAGUGAAAUAGACAAAGUAAAAUAUAAUGGGAAAUCUUCAAUAGUAGCAAUAAAAUCUUUCACAAUUUGAAACAAUGCAAGAAUAGUUUAGUUAAUAACAGUAAGUUCAAAGAGGUACUACUAAGUAGAUAGUUAAAUCUGGGGAACAACAGUAUUAAGCCUCAGAAUCGUAAGUGCAAUAAAACGAAGGACUCUAAGCUAUUGAAGAGUAAGAAGAGCAAGUUUUAGACUAAGACAUCUCAUUAAUAAGAAGAAGAACUAUUGCUGUAAGAGCAGAUAAUGUUAGUGAUGUAUUCAUGCAAAACAUCGAAUAAAUCUCAGAAACUGUGAAUGGAUUCUAAAAGCUUUCUGAAGAGUCUUUCCAAAAUGAUGCUGCUUUUUAUUUCUAAAGCGAAAAGGAUAAUUAUGAAAAGCAAAUUGAAAAGCUUAAGAAUAGAGUACAGAAAUCAUCAGUUCAAAGAUAGGAACUUUAAUCGAUGGUUGUUGUGCUACAACAGGAAGUUGACUCAAUGGAAUACGAAAGAGAACAAUAUCAUUAAUAGGUUUAAUCAAUAUAAGGCGAGGCUGAAUAAAUUGAUUAAACUAUUGAAAGAAGCACUGUAAAAGAGCAUGAAAUCAUGGUCGUAACUGCUUUAAUUGAUGAGAAAGCUAGACUAAAUGAGGAGAAACUCUAGCUUAAGAAAAAUUGUAGAGAUGAAAAGGCUAAACUAGACCAAGAACUCGAGAAGAUGAAAAAAAGAAGAGAAGAGAUGGAGAAAGAUGAGCACUCAGAAAUUUUAAGAUAAAUUGAUCAAGAAUUUGAUUUUGAACACUCUAAAUUGCUCGAACAAAGGAAAUAAAUUGCAGAUAUUAAUAGAAACAUCACUGUGUUGCAGAGAAAAAUUGAGAACUGUCCAUCAAAGAUUGAAAUUACUCAAUUCCACAAGAGAUUAGUUGAGCUCUUUGAUAACUUGAAUCUUAAGUACAAUUCUUGGUUAAAUGAUUGUUAGUUUGAUUAUUUGAGAGAAAUCAAUGAUACCUAUAAAGCAAGCAAACACAAGAAAGAGAAAGAAGUUCUUCUCCAUAAUAUUAAGAAUGUACUGGAUAAGAUUGAUAUUAGUAUCUCCUAAUCUAGUGAUUCUUUGAAUAAACUAAAAGUUGAUUACUAAAGAGUUCAAGCCUAAUUCAAUGAAAGCAUUCUGAGAGAAAAAGAUCAUUUCAAGAGAAUUAAGGAGUUCGAAGAUGAGUGUGAUAAGAAUGAUGCGAUAAGAGCAACUAUGAAGAAAUGA